AUGUCUCCCGCCUGUUUUAGCUAUUUUUUUCGAGGGGGCGGGGCCAGUCACGUCACGUCAUCACGCAACGCGGCGUACGACUCCCCUCGGCGUGCCGAGCGAUCGGAGGCCGCGUUCGUUUUUUGCCCUAUUUGGGCAACAAUUAAUAUUAAGGCCUUGAUCAUUGAAAACAAAAAAAAGGAUUGCAGGAGUGUAUCAUUUCUUUGGGAGUCACGUGACGUUCAACACAUAAGCAACAGCAAGGACAAAUCGUCUGAUCACAAGCAAAAGACGACCAAAAAAUCCUCUAAAAAGAAGAAACAGAAGCAAAGGAACGAAAGGUGCAAAAGCAAAGCGACCGAUGAGGACAGCAGCACAGAGGACAUGGAAUCGGACAAAGGACGAGAAAAGACGAAGGGGAAAAGACCCGUAACAGACACGCAAACAGAGCCUGAAAGGAAGAAAUGGAAAUUCGCGAAUGAAGAUGAAUUUGAGAGCUCUGAGGAGAGCUCUGAGCAAUGACUCGCUCCACCAUAAUAUAGUCUGCGGGACAAAAACUGCGGGACUAGUUACGUGCCGAAAAAGUGUCCGGAAGAAAAAGAAGAAUAAAAAGUUGUUGAAAAUGGCCGCCACAGCAUUGUAAAAGUAGUGCUUUUCAAGCACUACUAAUAAUAAUAAUAAGCCAAAAACCGCAGGUUUCUCUCCCGUAAUCGAAAACAGGCAGGGCGAGGCCUUAGAAAAUUAAUAGCACACCACACACGAACGGGCCGCACGUUUUGAGGUACCACCCGUGGUGCUGGGACCAAAACUGCAAGAGUAGUUAAGCUCUGAAAUAAUAGUAAUUUGCCACAGCAUUGUAAGAGUGGUGCUUUGCAAGCACUACUAAAUAUACAGUAAGUGGACAGAGCAGACGCAGCCUUUGUAGCCUGAACUCCCGUCUCCCAUGUACACAUGAAGCAUCGUAACAUUAUAGCAGGAGCAGAACUGAUUGCUCCAGAUACCGCUUGUUGUUCAAAAAUAACUCAGAAUAGGCA